ACUUUUUACACUGGAGGGAUUAGUGACAAGGAAAUCACAAGAUGUAGUGGUAUUUUAGACCUCUUAGAAGCAGGAGACUCAGUCAUGGCAGACAAGGGGUUUGAUAUAGGUAACAUGCUACAGGUGUAUAAUGUUGAGUUAAACAUCCCUCCCUUUCUGGAAAAUCAAGGGCAGUAUUCAACUCAAGAUGAACAAAAAACUAAAACUAUUGCAAGCCUUAGAAUACAUGUAGAACAUGCCAUCAGGACGGUUAAGGAGUAUCACUUCUUUGAUUCCGAUGUUCCUCUGUCAACUUUAGGUUCAGUUAACCAG